AUGUUGAUGGUGUCGAUGACAAUGCUAGUGGUGGCAACCAAUGGUGACGACAAUGAUAGCAGUGACAGAGGUGGUAUUAGUGGUAGCGAUGGUAGCCACGAUGAUAGUAGUGGUGUCAAUCAUGGUGAUGGUGUUGGUAGCAUUGGAGGUUGUGGUGAUAGUAAUAAUGUCGGUGGUGUCGGUGGUGAUGGGGGUGGUGGGGGUGGCAACAUUAGCAGUGGUUGUAACAACAACGUUAGUGGUGGUGGCAAUGGUGGUGGGGGUGGCGGUGACAGAAGUGGUGGCAAUAACAAUUAUGGUGGUGGUGGUAGUAAUGACGGUGGUUUCCGUGAUGGUGGUGAUGUCGGCAACCAGUGGUGGUAG